AUGUCCUUGAAUCGGUUUCUCGCGCUCAGUUGCCUGAGCUCCGUGCCAGUGAUACUGGCAGUUCCCCCAGGCAAAAGUUGUUCGAUCUACAACUGUUCCACCUGUGGUCAUGGCACCCCAACCACCACUGGGGCAUUGCAUGCUUCUUCAAUUGAUACUGGGGUUCCUAGCUUGGGAAUCUCGCCCACAGUGACAACUUACCCUAGCGAUGGGCAACUCCACGACCCUCAGCCAGGCCCAUAUAUCCCAGCUGGGGGUGUUGGAACUGGGGGAGAAACGCCGGUUUACAACGCGAAGAGCGACUUCGACUAUGAGUCGUUGGCCCUUACUCUUUAUCAAGAAUAUACUGAGCUUGAUCUGUUCCACGGUGGCUUGGCCCGCUUUUCGGUAGAGGAAUUCACAGCUGCUGGGCUCACGGCUGAGGAUCGUUUUUUGAUCGAGUUCAUGGCGGUUCAGGAGAUUGGACAUGCAACGAUGGUUACCAACAUACUAGGAGCCGAGGCCCCUAGGAUGUGCACCUAUAACUAUCCGUAUACCAUGGUGCAUGAGUUUGUGGACUUCUGUCAGAAGCUCACUCGCUUUGGGGAGUCUGGUGUUUAUGGUUUCCUACCUCAUCUCAAUUCGCCAAAUGAUUUUCCGUCAAUUGGAAGACUUUUCCCAACGCCGGUCUGGUUUGAGGUUGGUGUACCCCAGUCUUGGGCUUGGACAUUACUGGCACCAUACAUCAGCUCGUGCCCCGAGAAUCAGACCAGGUUGGCCUGGCAGAACUUUCCUGCCUUAUACAUCGAAAACCAGCCAAAUCCGGCGAGAAUCAACGGAUCAUCUGCUUUCAAUGAGACAGUAGGAGGAGAGGUCGACGACUCGUGUGUCAACUCCACUACCCUGGGCACUAGCUGCUACCCUGCGAUUACACAUAACCGCACGAUGCCCCUGUCAUGGCCAGGUCGAGAGGUGUUUCUUCACUGGGAUGAACCAGGUCGACCAGUCGGACCUAACAACAGCUACAUCACCUCGACGAGCGCAGGAGAUCCCAAGUACGUAGUGUGGGUAACGCAGCUGAAUGUGACAUAUUCUCCCCUAGAAAUGACCGGCGACAACUAUGGAUCGACAAUUCAACCUGACGUCCAGACUUAUGCCGGCGAUCCUGCAAUCAAUGGCACCAUGUUCAUUGCGAUCACAGACUCAGACCCCUAUUUGAGUCCGUUCAACCUCUCAAUGAUCAAUCCCCACGUGGUUGCUGGCCCAGCCCUCUAUAAAUCUGGUUGAUAAAUUCUUCAUCUUGAGCCAUGUUUAAGCUGAUAAGCU